AUGGCCGGGCAAAAGCCCAUCCGGCUUCCCACGCUCAACCGACUCCGCGUCAAGAACCCCAAUCCCAAGCAGGAGAAUCCCUGCGUACGAGUGAUGGCAUCUCUAUUAGCUUGCUGGGCUUCCUCUGGGUACAACACCGCCGGAUGCGCCAUCAUCGAGCAACAACUACGGACGUGCAUGGACGCGAAGAGGCCGCCCCCCCUCCCUAAGAGCAACAUCAACUAUCACCUGUCGCGAUUCCAGAAGAGGUUCACCGGAACCACGAAGAGCAGCUAG